AUGUCCGAACAAGUGCCCAUGUUCAACAUUCCGCCCAACCGGCGGAACAUGGCAAACCCUUCGUUAAUGCUUCUGAUACCUCCACAGCCAAACGACAACGGUAAUCUGAGUCAUCCGAGCCAAAGCAGCCAAACUCCCGCAGAGACAUUGAGCGCCGUGCCGCCACUAGCAGCAAUUCCUCGCUCUGGAGGUGCAGUUCGGCGGAAACCACCGGCAAUCGACUUCUCAAAGAUCGAUGGCUCGUACUCGUUUAGUCCCUCUGACUCUGGCACAGCAGCCAGUACGGCGUCACGGCCUUAUGCGCUGGCUACAAGCGAGAGUUCGCGAGAUCUGCCUGCGAAAAGCCGCACUGAUUUGACCCCUGUAGCACAAAUUAGUCAGGGUCUGAGCAUCCACGGUAAUCAGAAUGCUAACGGUCAGGGCAGCCAGAUACAAGACGUCCAAGAUACCGACGUAAAAACUUCUGAAUCCAAUAUCAAUGGAUCAUACACAAACAUAGCCGAUGUCACCCAGGAGGAGUGGAACCGGUUGGCAAACUCCGACAGUAUAGUCGAGCUCGGGAAGCUCGGCGAGGGAAAUGGCGGCAGUGUGUCCAAAUGCGUGCUCCGGAGCGGGUCCCCGGUGUUUGCACUCAAACUCAUAAAUGCCGAUCCAAAUCCGGAGGUGCAGAAGCAGAUUAUCCGUGAAUUGCAGUAUAAUCGUUUGUGUCAUUGUCAGCAUAUCGUAGGCUACUACGGCACGUUCAUGGUCGAGCUGCAGUCUAUGAUUGGAAUUGCUAUGGAGUACAUGGGCGGAGGCUCAUUGGAUGCCAUCUAUAAGCGCGUGAUCGAGCUAGAUCGCACCAAUCGAGUCAAUGAAAAGAUCUUGGGCAAGAUUGCCGAGUCGGUGCUCAAAGGCUUGAGCUACCUCCAUCUGCAGAGGAUCAUUCAUCGUGAUAUCAAGCCCUCCAACAUUCUUCUAGAUGCGCAGGGCCAUGUCAAGAUCUGUGAUUUUGGUGUCAGUGGAGAUGUUGUCAAUUCGCUCGCUACCACUUUCGUAGGCACACAAUAUUACAUGGCUCCAGAGCGGAUCAUGGGUAAACCAUAUACCGUCAGCUGCGAUGUUUGGUCGCUUGGAUUAUCGUUGCUAGAGGUGGCACGCGGGCAGUUCCCAUACCACUAUGAAAAUGACAAUCCCAUGGGCCCAAUAGAGCUACUAUCGCUCAUUCUUGAGUACGAGCCACAUCUUGAGGAUGUUCCAGAUGAGGGCAUUUUCUGGACUGACUCGUUUAAAAAUUUUAUAGACUACUGUUUGAAGAAGAAUCCCGAAGAGCGUCCCAGUCCUCGCCAGAUGCUUCAGCACCCAUGGUGCGUAGGACAACUGCAGGCCGUUGUCAACAUGGCGAAGUUUGUGAAGAGGCUCUGGGGCGAUAGCGUUAACUAG